AUGGUCCACAAACUCUGUGUAGCGUAUGGGCCUCUUAUCGGUCAUAUCGGAGAUGUGCCUUUCCAUGCCUUUCCUGAACCCGAGGCCUUAACGGGCGAAGAAGUUGAAUCACAAUUACGAAGCCUCGGAUUCGGAUAUCGGGCCAAGUACAUCGCCAAGACAGCUCAGAUUGUCGCCUCGAAGCCAAAGGGUUGGCUGAAUAGCCUUCGGAACCCCGACAAUCCGGCAUUUCCUCAAACUCCGAUCCUCGAUUCAUGCGGCAAUGAUCCGGUUAUCACGUACAAGGCUGCUCACACCGAGCUUCUCCAGCUAGCCGGCGUGGGUCCCAAGGUCGCCGACUGCGUCUGCCUGAUGGGGCUUGGUUGGGCUGAGGCCGUUCCCAUUGAUACCCACGUAUGGCAGAUAGCUCAGAGAGAUUAUAAGUUUGGGAAGGGGAAGACAAAAACCUUCAGCUUGAGCAUGUACGAUGCGGUAGGGGAUUUCUUCCGUGAACUUUGGGGUAAGGAGGCUGGUUGGGCACAUUCCGUUCUCUUCACGGCCGACCUUAGAACUUUCUCUGAUCGGGCUGUGAAAAAGGAAGAUGUGGCUGCUGCUGUGGUGAAAAUUGAAGAGACAGCACAGAAGACGGUUAUUCCUAAGAAGAGACGCCGGGACAGCUUAAAGAUAGAUGGCGCGCCCGACAUUAAGUUGUCAACGAGGGAGCUUCUCCAGGAUGAUGAUCAGAAGAUGCAACCGACCAUGUCUGACGCGGAUUUCGAAACGAUCAGGAAGCUCCAAGCUGAGCGGAACGCGGCCAAGAAGAGUUCGCGGACCUUUGACCCUGCAAACCAACGAUCCGAUUCGACCAAGCAGAAGCUGACGGACUCUUUCGAUACCGAUCUCUACGACCGCGAUGGCGCCGAUAAAUACGCUGGAUACCACACCUCCAUCCCGGCUGCGGAUGAGGAUGAUGAGGUGAUGGAGGAUGGCGACAGCUCGAGACGCCUUGUGGGCCAAUACACCGCGCCCAAGGCCGUGAUUGACGAUAUAACGCAUGGUAACGGGGUUGACGAUGACGAUCUCCUAGCCGGUCGAGGCGAACGGAGCACCCGCAUUAUCGAUCGCGAAACGGAUUAUCAGAAGCGCCGGUUCGAUCGCGUGCUCACCGACACUCGAGCUGAUCCCUUCGCGGCGAAUCGCCAAGCUGGCGCCCCUGAAGAUGGGACGAGCUAUCGCGAGGUGAUGGAAAUACGCGAGCUGGAGCGUGAGGAAGAACGCGUUCGACGAGAGAUUGCGUCUAAACAGCUUGGCAAGGUCGGGGAGGAGGGUGAACAUAAGGAGGGUGUUCCGACUCUGAAGGAAGGUGAUAAAGAGAACGCCGAGGCCGGGCCCACUGAGGAGGUCACGGCUGUUAGGAAGCGAAAGAAGAGGUGGGAUGUUUCGUCGACUGCAGCCGAAGAACCGGCCCCGGCCGAGCCUGUCAAGGCCAAACGUUCUCGAUGGGACCAAGCCCCCGCGAUACCCACCCCUGGGGAAGAAGCCCCCAAGAAGAAAUCUCGAUGGGAUCAAGCACCUGUCGCCACUCCCGCCGCCGGCCAAGCCGCUGUGACCCCAGCGCAUCCCUCCCAAGUUGGAGGCGCGCUCCCUCCAGGCUUUCCGGUCGAUGCUCGCAACAUGCCUAUUAGUGAUGAAGAGCUCGACGCUCUUCUUCCCGGAGAAGACCAGGGAUAUAAAAUCCUCGUGCCACCUCCGGGUUACGAGCCCGUUAGAGCGCCGGCCCAUCGCGUGGCUGCGACGCCCGCUUCUCAGACUGGCUUCAUGAUGCAGGACCCCAACGCGGUCAGGCUGAGUGGGAAGCCUAUGGCUGCUGAGAUUCCCGGUAUGGGAGACCUUCAAUUCUUCAAGCCUGAAGACAUGGCCUACUUUGGAAAGCUUGCCGAUGGCGCGGACGAGAAUGUUCUCACCGUCGAUCAAUUGAAGGAACGGAAGAUCAUGAGGCUGCUCCUGAAGGUAAAGAACGGCACCCCGCCAAUGCGUAAAACUGCGCUGCGUCAGCUCACGGACAACGCCAGAAACUUUGGUGCCGGGCCCCUCUUUGAUCAAAUCCUACCUCUGUUGAUGGAAAAAACUCUCGAGGACCAGGAGCGCCAUCUCUUGGUCAAGGUCAUUGACCGUAUCCUCUACAAACUCGACGAUCUGGUGCGACCAUAUGUUCACAAGAUCCUGGUCGUUAUUGAGCCGCUCCUUAUCGACCAAGAUUAUUAUGCCCGUGUGGAAGGUCGUGAAAUUAUCUCCAAUCUCAGCAAGGCCGCCGGACUUGCAACAAUGAUCAGCACCAUGAGGCCGGAUAUCGACCAUGUCGACGAAUACGUCCGCAAUACAACUGCACGAGCCUUUGCCGUCGUCGCAUCCGCCCUUGGUAUCCCUGCACUCCUCCCCUUCCUUCGAGCUGUUUGUCGCAGCAAGAAAUCAUGGCAAGCGCGCCAUACCGGUGUGAAGAUUGUGCAGCAGAUUCCCAUCCUCAUGGGAUGUGCUGUGUUGCCCCAUCUCAAAGGCCUUGUCGAGUGCAUAGGGCCUAAUCUUAACGAUGAACAGACCAAGGUUCGGACUGUCACCAGUUUAGCAAUUGCUGCUCUGGCGGAGGCGUCCAACCCGUACGGUAUCGAGAGCUUCGACGAUAUCUUGAACCCCUUGUGGACUGGAGCUCGUAAGCAACGAGGAAAAGGUUUGGCCGGCUUCCUUAAGGCUGUCGGCCACAUCAUCCCGUUGAUGGACGAGGAGUAUGCCAACUACUAUACCAGUCAAAUCAUGGAGAUCCUGCUACGAGAGUUUUCGUCUCCAGACGAGGAGAUGAAGAAGGUUGUGCUUAAGGUAGUGUCGCAAUGCUCGAGCACCGAGGGCGUCACAGCGGGCUAUCUAAAGGAGCAUGUUCUGGACGAAUUUUUUAAGAGUUUCUGGGUAAGGCGAAUGGCUCUGGACAAGCGCAUCUACAGGCAAGUGGUCGAAACGACCGUCGACCUGGGCCAAAAGGUCGGCGCCAGCGAGAUCCUGGAACGGAUCGUGGUUAAUCUCAAGGACGAAAGUGAGCCUUACCGGAAGAUGACAGUGGAAACAGUGGAGAAGGUUGUCGCUAGUCUUGGUGCGGCGGACAUUGGUGAGCGGUUGGAGGAGCGCCUUAUCGACGGUAUUCUUCAUGCUUUCCAGGAGCAGAGUGUUGAGGACAUCGUGAUGCUUAACGGCUUUGGCUCGGUAGUCAACGCCUUAGGCACGCGAUGCAAGCCUUACCUACCCCAGAUUGUCAGCACUAUCUUGUGGAGGUUAAACAACAAAUCCGCAACCGUACGACAGCAGGCUGCAGACCUCAUUUCACGAAUCGCCAUGGUCAUGAAACAGUGCGGCGAGGACGCUCUCAUGGGUAAACUCGGCAUUGUGCUUUACGAGUACCUCGGAGAGGAGUAUCCGGAAGUUCUUGGAUCUAUCCUGGGAGCUCUCAGGUCCAUCGUCACUGUUGUCGGUAUUGCGCAAAUGCAACCCCCCAUUCGGGAUCUUCUACCACGGCUUACGCCAAUUCUCCGCAACCGACACGAGAAGGUCCAAGAGAACACGAUCGACUUGGUUGGACGCAUUGCCGAUCGUGGUCCAGAGAGCGUCAAUGCAAGGGAGUGGAUGCGUAUCUGUUUCGAACUCCUCGAUAUGCUCAAGGCUCACAAGAAGGGCAUCCGGCGUGCCGCCAACAACACGUUUGGUUUCAUUGCCAAGGCUAUCGGACCGCAGGAUGUCCUUGCAACUCUGCUGAACAACCUCCGAGUGCAAGAGCGACAGUCCCGAGUCAACACGGCCGUCGCUAUUGGUAUUGUCGCCGAAACUUGCGCGCCGUUCACGGUCCUACCAGCACUCAUGAACGAGUACCGCGUGCCCGAGCUCAACGUGCAAAACGGUGUUCUCAAGUCUCUUUCGUUCUUGUUCGAGUACAUUGGUGAGAUGGCCAAAGAUUACGUCUACGCCGUAACGCCACUACUCGAAGAUGCUCUUAUCGACAGGGACCAAGUUCAUCGACAGACGGCGGCCUCCGUUGUCAAGCACAUUGCCCUCGGUGUCGUCGGUCUCGGCUGCGAAGAUGCAAUGGUUCACCUACUGAACCUCCUUUACCCCAACCUCUUCGAGACGAGCCCACACGUCAUCGACCGCAUCAUCGAGGCCAUCGAGGCCAUCCGCAUGGCCGUUGGCCCUGGCAUUGUUAUGAACUAUGUCUGGGCGGGUCUUUUCCAUCCGGCACGCAAGGUGCGACAGCCGUACUGGAGGCUCUACAACGAUGCCUACGUCCAGUGCGCAGAUGCCAUGGUGCCGUACUAUCCCAACCUCAGCGAGGAGAAGAUUGACCGCCCGGAACUAGCUAUUAUCUUGUAA